CCCAGCUUUCGGAUGCUCAGAGCAAGGACUCUCUCGACACUUGCGCGACGCUCAGCGCGACGCACUGGACCAUUCAUAUUCAGGAAUGCGUCGUCAAAAUCUAAAGUACCCGCUACUCCGGACAAAAGCCCUAAAAGUCUUGGUUAUAUAGAGGAAACUUUCACGCAACACACUGUAUUCACUAUAGAUUUCUUCAGACGCUUCAUCAAGUUUACUGCUGUCGGACUAGUCACCCUCGGCGUAACGACAUGCACUGCAUUUGAAGCAGCUCAUUUCUGGGUCGAGAAGGUGGAAUUGGCACCGGAAACAGAUCCAGAAGCACACAAAUGGGAGUGGGAUCUUGACGCUGAGAGGUGGACAGGAGGUUCAGCUGGCGGCACUGACCCAGGCCUUGGAUUCAUGGGCCGGCAUGCAGUUCGUGGCGCAUGGAUGGCCUUGAAUUGGGGGAUUGGUUCUUCGGGCAGCAUCAUCAGCUCUCGCGGAGGGGCAGGUAGCCUCAAUAUCGUGGAAGCACGUCUGGAGUUUGCACAGGACUUCCUCAACGUUGCCAUACAGAAUGCUCUAAAGCGAUAUGAUUCUGGUAAAUUGAGACCGGAGACAUUGAUAGAGCUCUUCCAACGACAUGCUAGUGUGAUGGAACUCAUGGGGACCAGGGAUUCUUUGUUCGAAUCGCGGAGAGAGCUGGAGAAGGUCUGGUCCAUGCUACCGGGCAAGGGUGUUGAUGCGGCACGUAUUGCUCUCAAGCUCGGAGACCUUAAUCAAAGGCUGGGAGAUCGUGACGAUGCCGUUGCAUGGUGGGCUAGGGCGAUCCAACUUUUGCAAGAGAAGGAUUCGAGAAUUCCUGUUGAAAUUCCCCCGUCUGUGCCAGAUGUAGCCCCGUCAUCUCCCUUAAGACAACGUACUUUAAUUUCGACACUCGUAUCUCUCUCCGCCCACUACGCGACGUCUGGUCAACUACGCCAGGCGCAACAGGUGGAAGAAUCGUCCCUCGAUCUACUUAGGUCUAUUCGUCAACCUCAAUCGUUUGAGACUGCAUCUCCGCCACAUUCUCUGCAUGCCCUCUACAUCCUCCAUCGUUCAUCGCUCCUUUCCAUUCACUUGGCUGAAGUGCUCUACGCACUCAGGACCAAGCCGAUCACAUCGAUUGAAUGGCUCACACGCGCUGCAGAAUCCUCCGAGCGAGUGGCAUUCACACUCACGGGACUUCCUCUCUCGCACCCCGAUGCGCCAGGGUCCAGGAUCCCACACCCUCCUUCCUCCGAAACAGCUCUACUCCCAGCUUAUGCCAAAUCAGUUUCGAUGAAGAAACCGGCGCGAAGUUUGCUGCGGGAUUCUCGCCGGAGUGCAGCUGAAGCUUGGAAUCUCAUUGGAAUCCUUGUCGAGUCGUCUGAUGCCCCAGAUUCCAUGGACCGGGCUCUAGAGUAUUACGAACGUGCUCUAGGUUGGGCAGGUGUUUCGGCUGAUCGAGCGGGUGGCAUUGGGAAACCGGGAGAAGGGACAUUGGAGGCUGAGUGGAAGACACUAUGGAACAAUUAUGUUCGUGCUAGGAAUGCAGUAAAGAAGGACGGCAAGUAGUCGUAGCAUUUUAGUCUUGCAUCAUUAAGUUUGGCUAUCUCAUCUGCAUUGACAAUGUCACAUGUAUCAUAUCAUUCUCUUCUAAAUUAACGUUGUACGCAUAGCAUCUCUCGCAUCUUCUGCUUCAGCAUCUGUAGGUCCACAUGUAUGACCAAGUAAGUACACCUGCCAAAUGCGACUUGCACACUUCUCUCCGG